CCCACUUCUAUCAUAUCCCUCCCUUUUUUUUUUCCCUCUUAAUCCUAUUCCCCAGUUGGCUCGCCUUACACCGCCUGGCCACUGCGUGUUUCCUCUUUUUCUGCCCUCAACCCCUUCUCCCUCUCUCCCUCUCCCUUUCCUUCUCCCCCUCUUCAACUCCUUUGCUCUCUCAUCUUCCCCCUCCUCAUACUUUAUCCACCUCCCCACACCCAGCGUCACACAACCUGGAAGUAAUUUAAACUUCCCGUUUCACAGUUACAUUUACUGGUCUACUAGCAUUCAUGAGCACCAUCAUGGAUCCUCUUCACCUUCACCCUCCGUCGGCCCCUCGACUCUCGCCUCCCCGCAUGGGAGGGAGGAAGAGAAAGGCGGACGAUGACGGGCGGCCUGACGAUAACGGAUAUCCCGAGGACGAGCAAAUGAAUACUUCCCCGUCUCAUUCUCCGCAUACGUAUAACCGCCCAACUCAUUCUCAGAACCGAAUCAAGAGGCAACGCAAUAAUGUUACUGGUCGCCCACUCCCAUUGUCUCGUCUACUCGAAACCGUCGAUGUGAAUGCUCUCAAGUCGAUCCUGCAGGUUAUGUGCGAUCGGCAUCCCGAGCUCACGGCGGAAGUUUCUUCGCUUGUUCCUCAACCUACCGUCUCUUCCGCUCUCUCGACUUUGAACAAUUAUGAAGUGUCUGUAAGGUCUGCGUUUCCCUAUGGCGGAAGUUCUACCGGCGGUUAUGCAUACGAUCGGGUCCGCCCUGCUCUCAUGGAACUUCUCAAUGCACUGUCCGAUUAUACACCUCAUUUUCUCCCUCCAAACGAGGCCCAGGCGUCUACCAGCUUAGCUUUCCUCGACGAAGCUACCAAUAUCAUUCAUCGCUUACCUACUUGGGAUAAUCCCGUUCACAACCAUUCGAAGAAUAUGGCGUACGAAGAAAUCGCAAAGGCAUGGGUUUUGGUUGUUCAGGAGGCAGCUAAGCGUGGUGCUGGGAUUGGACUCCACACUGGGGGGUGGGAUACGAAGCUUGGGAAGCACGUUGAGCAGUCGGAGGGAAGAAUGCAGGUAGCCUUGACCCAAAUGAGGCAGUCAGUAGGCUGGAUGGGGGAUUUAGGAAACGGGCAGAGGCGCAUAGGCGGACUGGGAUUUAACAUGCAUUCCACUGGGGUUCAGGUUCCUGUUCGCAGCUGGUAAAUAGUACUCACAACCUGGGAAGCUGUCUUUUUCUCUUUUCCAGCGUAAUGGGGAGUUUUAAUUAUCCGCCUUGUUUUUCAUCACUAUUUGGGAAACUAUAAUCCCUUUUGUGUUUCUGCCUUUUAUUCCUAUGCUGUCCCUCUGUUUUCAACAUUUCUUUAUCUUUCUGCAACGAUUUCCUGCAUUCAUGCCUCAUGCCCGAUUCUUUUUUUCUUUGCACGUAUUUGCUUUACUUCCUUUGUCGUUUAUCCAUCAAGUUAUCUCAUUGACUCGAGGUCUUCAUUGUACGUACUAGUAGCUUUGUCUGGAGAUAGACUGUGUGGAUGCAUUUAUGUCACUAACAGUAUUUUUGUACAUUGGAAAUGCAGCCUAUCAUGUCAA